GUGAGGCAGGAGUGGAACUGCGGGUUUAAGCUUGGAAUUUCACCUUCUUGCCAAGCAUACCUGUUUGUUUCUAACGUGGCUCUAGUUGACAUUCUAUCCCGUACCAAGAUAUCUUUUGAGUGGCCACAAAUUCUACUAAAGCGGAAGAAAUAGUGGUAAACCAUAAAAGAGAACCAGUUUCCUUUAUACUCUGCAAUUUAGAGGAAAAUUUUUCAUCCAAGGACAGAUCAGGUGCUGUUUUUUAACCCUAAUCUCUUGACCAAGAAUGAAACUAUUUAAAAAUUAAGAUGCCAACAGAUCACGAAGAGCCCUGUGGUCCCAGUCACAAGUCAUUUUGCCUGAAUGGGGGGAUUUGUUAUGUGAUACCUACUAUUCCCAGCCCAUUUUGUAGGUGCAUUGAAAACUAUACAGGAGCUCGUUGUGAAGAGGUUUUUCUCCUAAGCUCCAGCAUCCAAACUAAAAGUAACCUGUUUGCAGCUUUCAUGGCAGUGGCAGUCCUAGCAACACUUAUCAUUGGAGCCUUCUACUUCCUUUGCAGGAAGGGCCCAUUUCAGAGAGCAGGUUCAGUCCAGUAUGAUAUCAGCCUGGUGGAGAUGAGCAGGACCAGCGCCCACCACAGAAAUGGAUGACCUGGGGAUGAGGAGAUGAUCCAGACUCCAAUCCUGCUGACCCAGAAAGUGACUCCACUGACCAGAGGACUGUCCCCAUCUGCAGGGAGUCUCAGCUGCCACAGCAUCAUGGCUAUGCUCAGAGGGUUUUGAUUUUCCUUUCCUUUUCUCCAAGAAGAAAUAACUUUCAGGAGAAUAUUCUUCUGUUAGAUUUAAUCAUUCAACUUAAUAAACUUACCUUAAAAUUUUUAAAAAGUCAAUUGUAUUCCUAUAUAUCAAUAACAAUUAGAAAUGGAAAUUUAGUAAAGAAUUAUUUACAAUAGAAUCUCAAUAUACUAAGUACAUAGGAAUACAUCAGACAAAAAUAUGAAAGACCUAUACAGUGAAAGCUAAAAAAAAUUGCUGAGAGAAAUGAAGACCUAAAUAAAUGGAGAGUUAUAUUUUGUUCAUAGAUUUUGAAGAUUUAAUAUUAUAAGAUGUCAGUUCUCCAAUUGACCUAUAUAGAUACAAUGCCAUCCCCAACAAUAUCUCAACAGGUGUUUUUGUAAAAUUUGACAAGGUGAUUCUGAAAUUCCCAUGGACAUGCAAAGGACCUAGAAUAGAGAAAAUCGUUUUGAAAAAGAACAAAGUUAGAAGCCUCAUACUGUCUGAUUGACUUACUAUAAAGCUGCAAUAAUCAAGACAAUGUGGUAUUGGCAUCCAGAUAGACCACAACUGAUUUUUACAAAGCUGCCAAGGCAAUUCAGUAUAGAAAGGAUAGUCUUUCCGACAAAUGAUGCAGGGGGAGUUUGGAUAUUCACACGCAAAAACAUGAAUUCAGACAGUCCCGUAGAC